GCCAGUUCUUGCAAAAUUUCCCCGAGAGCAGCGAAAAAAAAAGACGAACGCUCAUUGUGCUUCGUCCGACAGGCAGUGCGCACCACCCGCUCUUUGCGCCUUCUCGAUCUGUUUGUCUUGCUCGCUGCUUCCCCUUUGUCAAUCUUGGAACAGCUGAGAGUCGUCGCUGCCCACCAUGACGCUUUUCAUCCUUACCGAGACCAGCGCGGGUUAUGCCCUGCUCAAGGCCAAGGACAAGAAGCUCCUCAAGAGGGAUGAUCUUGCCACGGAGACUGAGACGGCCGAAGGUGUUUCGAACCUUCUUAAGUUGAAGACUUUCCAGAAGUUCGACAGUGCUGCCACCGCUGUCGAGGAAGUUGCAUCCAUUAUCGAGGGCAAGGUCUCCGCUCGUCUCGCGGGCCUUCUCGACUCCAUCAAAGAUGAGAAGAAGGUUUCUCUCGCGGUCGCUGACCCCAAGCUGGGUUCUGCAAUUGGCAAGCUUCCUGGCCUCGACAUCCAGCCUAUUGCCGACUCCAGCACCGCAGAAAUCUAUCGCGCCAUCCGCGCUCACCUGCCUACACUGAUUCCGGGUCUGGUGCCGGAGGACAUGUCAGCAAUGUCUCUGGGUCUGUCGCACUCUCUUGCUAGACACAAGCUGAAGUUCUCCCCCGAUAAGAUCGACACCAUGAUCGUUCAGGCCAUCGCCCUGCUCGAUGACUUGGACAAGGAAUUGAACACUUAUGCCAUGCGCGUUAAGGAAUGGUACGGAUGGCACUUCCCGGAACUGGCCAAGAUCUUGAACGACAACAUCGCGUACGCGAGAGUCGUCCUCAAGAUGGGCAUGCGCACAAACUGGGAGUCCGUUGACCUGAGCGAGAUCCUGCCGGAGGAAAUCGAGAAUGCGGUCAAGUCUGCGGCAGACCGUUCCAUGGGUACUGAGAUCAGCCCAGAGGAUCUCGAAAACAUCCAGGCUUUGGCUGAACAGGUUGUCGGAUUCGCUGAAUACCGACAGCAGCUGGCUAGUUAUCUCACUGCUCGUAUGACCGCUAUCGCACCUAACCUGACUGCUUUGGUUGGUGAGUUGGUCGGUGCUAGACUUAUCGCCCACGCUGGAAGCCUGGUCAACCUCUCGAAGAGCCCCGCCAGUACAAUCCAGAUUCUGGGAGCGGAGAAGGCGCUGUUCCGUGCCCUGAAGACCAAGCAUGACACUCCUAAGUAUGGUUUGAUCUACCACGCCUCUCUGAUUGGACAGGCUACUGGAAAGAACAAGGGUAAGAUGGCAAGAAUUCUGGCUGCCAAGGCAUCUCUUGGUAUCCGUGUCGAUGCACUGGCCGACUGGGAGGGUGACGAGGUUACCGAGGAGGAGAAGGCCGCUCUGGGAACAGAGGCUAGAUUCAACCUUGAAAGGAAGUUGGCUGCUAUGGAAGGCAAGCCCCUGAAGCCCAGAGGUGUUGCUAUUGCCCCCAACGGCCUCCCCAUCCAGCCCAAGAAGUUUGAGCUGAACGAGGCUCGAUCCUACAACGUCGACGCAGAUGCUGUCACCGGAGAGGCUCCUUCAUCUGCCAAGAAGGAGAAGAAGGACAAGAAGAAGAAACUCAUUGAGGAAGUCCAGUCGGACAGCGAGUCGGAAUCUGACUCUGAUGUGGAGAUGGAGGACAAGCCUCAGGCCAAUGGUGCCGACUCUGACAGCUCUGACGAGUCUGAGGAGGAGUCGAAGAAACACAAGUCCAAGAAGAGCAAGAAGGGUGAAGACGUUGAGAAGCUGGCCGAGAAAGCUGGUCUCAGUGUUAAGCGGUAUCUCCGCAAGCUCGAGAGAGGCGAGAUCACUUUCGACGCAGCCGGUAACCCUACGGCCAUCAGCAAGAAGGACCUGAAGAAGGCUAAGAAGGAGGCCAAGAAAGCUGCCAAGGAGGAUGGCAAGAAGCGAAAGAGAACUGAGGAAGAAGACGUCGACAAGUCGGAAAAGAAGAAGAAGAAGAAGAGCAAGGAAUAAAAGCACUGCAUCAUGUCAGCUUUCGUUUCUGUAUGAUAUCAUGUUUUGAUCUCGCUUUUUUUUUGCUUGAGUUUGUCUUUUCUUUCUGGGUGGCAUCAUAGAGCGAAAUAUUCGCUGGUCCGUUCCUGGCGCAGAGGUGCUUGUUGGCAUAGGGCGAGUACGAUACUUUUGCCGGAAAAAUAAUCUGUUUAUAUUUUCUCAAUUAAGACAUUUUCUUUCACAC